CGUAAUCGGGGCGUAAGAGUGCACCGGUGCUCGGCCGACUUUACCCCACGUGUACGUCCGUCGUCAUGUAAUCAGUAUAUAUUAUUAUAAAAUAGUACAUAAUAUUAAACGCGAAUCGUGUGCUACGUCGGUAUAAAGUGGUGAAUUGUUUUUUUUAAAUUUAUUUAUUUAUUUUAGUCCGUUGAUUUUUUGCGUUUACUUCAAAAAUUGUUGUAUUAUUAUUUUAAUUUAAAAAAUCAAUCGAUCCGACCGUAAUAAUCGUUGUUAGCGCCAAAAUAUUAACGCAAAUUAUUAUUGUCACCGACGACAACGUCACGAUGGACACCACCUAAGAGUAUUAAUGCGUACAACCAACAUUUUUAAAACUCGUCGGCCGGCGGACACGAAGAAAUCUAAAUAAAUUUAAAAAAAAAGAAAUUUAAUAAUAAUAUAAUUUUUAUUUCCUCUUGGUUUUGCCCGCGACAACCGUCGAUAAUCGUCGUUAAGUAUAUUAUACAAUAAUAUGACGGAUUCGCAUAAUCCGCGGUACCGUUGGUGACAUGACGGAUGGUGUUUGCGUGUGCCGGACAGUGUUGGUGGCGCUGGCCGUGUGGUGUCUGGCUGUAGGCGCAGAGGUGGCUACCCGGAUGGCGCCCUGCGCCCAUCUGGGCGACGAGACCAACGACGUCUCGGCCCGGGCGUACGCGUCCGACGUGGUGUUCGAGGGCAAGGUGCGGUCCAAGAGCCCGGUACGGCAGGACGCCGGCACGUACGGCGUCACGUUCGUCGUGCAGCGGGUGCACAAGGACGCCAUGCAGGCGGUGACGUACGAGGGCCUCCGAGUUGGCAGCCCGGUUCGGCUGUACUUUCGUGAGAAACGCGACCCGGGCGGCGGCGGAGACCCGCGGCGACGACGGCCGGCCGGGUCCGCGGGCGGCGGGUCGUCGCAGUGCGUCCAGCGGUUCGCGCCCGCCGCAGGCGGCCAGACGGUCGAAGCCAACAUCAAGCGCGGCGCAAAGUACCUGGUGUUCGUGGCCGGCGUGGGCCCACACAACCUGUCCGUGCUCGGCGAACCCGUGCUCCGGACGCCCAAGAACGUGCAAGCCGUCCGGCAGGUGUUGUGCAGGAAUUGCAUCAAACCGAUCAGCGUGUGGGGACUUCAUAACACCACUCUGAAAGCCAAGAACGCCUUGAAAUUGAUGUGCAGAGCGAGCGGCAACCCUAUGCCAGCGCUACAAUGGUUCAAAGACGGCGUACCGAUUUUAGUAGGCAGACGGAGGAUCCAAUACAAAAAGAAAAGAUCCAUGCUUGUCAUACCAAGGGUAAGGACAGAAGACAGUGGAAAGUACGAGUGCAGAGGCACUGGAGUGCAAACCGGCCACGUUGCUAUUUCGUCGGCUCAAGUCAUAGUUAAUUCCAAACCGGACAACACGACAGCCUUGUGGCCGUUGGUCGGCGGUCCCUGUCCGGCAGAUCUCGUCUAUUGUUUGAAUGGAGGCACGUGCACGUUCUACGAAACCAUCGGAGAACUCGUGUGCCAGUGCGCCGAAGGCUUCAAAGGCCAACGAUGUGAGAACAAAGACAUUGUUAACAAAAGCAAUUCCAAAAACAAGAAACAAAACACCGUUGAGAGCGAUGCGAACCAUUUCGGCUGGCGGCGCGCUGAUACCUUCUUGUUAUCAAUGUAGCAGAACAUUGGACAGCGGCACUAACCCGAGAACAUUCUACAACAAACACGGAUUGAUGAAUACAAUACAAAAUUCUAAAAAUUUUUUUACAAUAAUAUGUUUAUAAUAAUAUAUACGACGCUAAAAAUAAUACAAUUUUAUUAUUAUACACAAAUAUUUUGUACGAGACAAAGCUUCAAACAAAAAUACCAACAACGCUAUAAUGCCGACAACAACGAUAUUGUUAUUAUUAUUAUUAUUUUAUAAUUUAAUCGCCCUUGAUUGUUGUUUCUAAAGGCAAAAAAAAAAGAGAAUGAAAACUCUCUAAACUAACAGUUAACUAGCAAUUACUGCGUUUAUACUAUUAUUAUAAUAACUAUAGUCCAUAUAAAUAGUUGCAUCUAGUUAAUUACAAAAUCUUAGUGGACUUAUUACGUUUAAUAUUAUAACACAUAUGGGCUGUUUAG